AUGACGACGGCGCCUGGAUUUCAAUGCAUUGGCCAGUGGGAAGAUUGCAAAGUUGUAUCUCUGCUCCACCGUAAAUGGAAGCUUGAUCGGGAGCGAGUUUUCUUUUCGGGCGUGAACCGUGGGCGGGCACAUGGGAAAAAAGCACGGGGCACAUCAACCUGGAAAUCCUGGUCUGAAUGGAAGCGACGGGCAGCUAGUUUCGAGUUUGAGUUGGAGGAGCAGCAGCCUCAUGUCCUUGAUCAGUAUCAAAAGCAUGGCGAUAUCAAGGUAACAAAGUUUGAGAGGCAAAGCUCUGCAGCCAUUUGGCACAAGCAUCCAUUGGAUGACAGUUCAGGUCAUGUUGAAAGCCCAGAGGUCGUGACUGGACACGAAGAAGACUGGGGCGCUUUGCCUCUGUGGGAUUUUGACCGUGCACGGCUAGCCCCCUGUCGCGGCCCUCGACUCCGCUGGCCUGCUGCUGCGCUGCCCUGGCACUGGCCGUCCCCUUCUGUUUCCUCUCCCUUUGCAUUUGCCUUUUCCUCCUUCUCCCAUUCCACCUCUCCGCCACACCGCACGACCAUCGCCCAUCCAUCACAAACCUGUGUGCCUGAGCAAGGGCCGCAGACGACAAGUCGUGUUGGGGCCGAUUCGGAUAAUCGCGACACCCAAGUCAAUUCGCUUUGUCUGGUGUUUUGGUGCCUGGAAGAAGAAGAGAGAGAGAGAGAGAAAGACGGGAGAGAGAGACCCGCCGACUCGGUCAAGAAACGGAAUCGUCAAUUCAAUCCGCCCGCCCUCGCGCCCACCGCCACGUCCACUAUCUACCCACCCAGCUCGAACACGAACCGCGACCGCUAUCCCGACGAUCACCGACCGACAGGACAAGACAGAAACCUUACGCCCGCAAUUGCUUCGCCUCGCCCGACAGCUGAGAGAGAGGCCCACCGCCUGGCCCAGGGGUUCUUUCCGCUCAUUCCAUCCACCUUGACGUCUUGUCCAGAGAACAUCGGAUUUACUCCGAGACUGUGCUAUACAUACAAUCACUGUCGCGUUGCUCCUGAUCGCUGA